AUGUUUUCUAGUUGUAUGUCAUUAAGAGGAAAUACAUCUUUAAUUUUACCGAUUGGAUUUGGAUAUCUACCAGAAAAAGUUCUAUUGAACAUAUUCCAAUAUUUCGAUGAAACUGAACUGAGAACAACGAUCAUUCCGGUAUGUCAACAAUGGAGAACGGCCGCGGAACAUCCAAGUCUUUGGAAUACGUUAAAAUUUCAAGGAAUAUCGAUAAGUACUUCGGUUAUUUGUCUCAAAAUAAGGCAAUUCAAUACAGCGGAAACCAUAAUUAUUAAGGAAAUUAAAGAGCCGUUGAUAGUUUUGAGACAGAUCUGUCGGUACGCUCAAAACUUGGUGAGAAUUAGUUUACGACACUGUCAUGAGGUAGUCGAAGAUUCACUCAGACAUCUAAUUGUGUCUUGCAAGGUGUUGAAGGAAUUGGAUUUGAAAGGAACAAAAUUCAAAUCUCUAAUAUUCUGUGUUGAAUUGGCAUUUUGCCAAUCGUUGUCUUCAGUCAAUUUCAGUGAUAAUCCAUACCUAACGAUAUCCCAUAUCACUUCAAUAAUCAUGAACUGCAGAAAAUUGAAUGGUUUCCAUAUUUCAACGUUCAAACCGAUUAAUAGAAUAUACUUGAUAGAUGCCGAUAUUUAUUUUCUAACCAACCACACUGCGAAUUCUCUGCAAUCUUUAUCUUUAGAUUGCUCUAAUUUGGGAAAUGGAAGUUUUUCAUCUAUCUUGCAAUGCAAAAACUUGCAGUACUUGUGCUUGAAUUUCGCCUAUAAUUUCGAAGGAUGUGAUUUCCAAAACUUAUGGAAAACUUUGAGAAAACUCAAAACUUUGAAGGUAAGAUUUGGUCACCAAAUUACUGAUGUUAAUAUUAAGAAUCUUUUCGAACAAGGAAAAGAUUCACUUGAAAAAUUAGAAGUGAUAGAUUUUACGGGAUGUUCCAAAAUUAGUAACUUUGGAAUAAAAGCGAUAGCUCAAAGUUGUACUAAUUUAAAACAACUCAUACUUAGAAACUGCAAAAAUAUAUUUUCAAUAGAUGAUAUAUUGAAAAAAUGCUCUAAUUUGGAAAUGCUCAAUAUCGCAUUCUGCACUAAUCUUAAUAUUUAUACAAUCUUUGAACUGAAAACUCUUCGAAUACUAUUUAUAAGCGAUGAAAAAAAAUUAAAGUAUUUUAUCGAUUGUCUCAAGAAUAAAAAUAAAAAUUUAAAAUUGAAAAUAUGUGAUUCGGAAUUCAAUAAAAGUUUUCGGAAUAUAUAAAAUUAUUGUUUGCUGUUGCUUCAUGUUGAUCUUCAAGCUUAAUUGCUUUAACUAAUCCUCUAAAGAAGCCUGUCUUCAUAAAUUUGUUGAUGAACCUUACACUCUGCAUACAGAAAAUUCUUGGAGAAUAUACUCCAUAGAAGGAGAAAAUCAAAACAGCUCUCGGAAAGGUCAUUCCACACUUGAUGCUAUCGAUCUCGUCAUCAGUAUGCAUAGGAAGCAACGUCAUGAGUCUAAUGGAAAGAGGUAACGCUUCACAUAAAGAAUGCCUCUCAACACAGCCAGAUGGGAUUGCAUAAUGGCUCUUCCUAAGAUAGGUGUGUCAGGAUACCUACAGAAGAUAGUAGUCAGCUACUCCACAGACAGAAUCCUCAAAUACAACACAGAAAACGACCUCAAGGAGUACAAAGUCAUGGGAGAGGUACCUCAAAGCUUAAUACUAGGUCCUCUCUUAAGGUACAUCAAGCGCUACUAAAAUUGAUUCCACUGUGGAAUGCUAACUUGUAGCAUUUGUAAUAAUCAUGGAAAGCACUAUAUCACAUAUGAUAUAGUGAUCUAAAAGAUCUCUAGGUGGAGGGACUCAGUCGGCCUGAAACUAGCAAAGCAAAAAAUAGAGGCUGUGUUGAUUAUCAAAUGGAAAAAAGUGGAAACUAUGCCAUCUGGGCCGACGCAUUACAGUGGUGGGAACCAGGAAGUAGGAUCGCUUGGGUUUAUCGGUUAAGUUUCCAGGUAGGGAUGGCGAUUGCUUAUUAGGGCUCGGCAGAUAUUCUUCGUGGUGACUCUCAUUCUAUGACGAAUAUCUUCGUUUAAAUGUGCCACAGAAAUCACUUUGUUAUUUGACACAACCUCAAAGGAAAAAGUAUAUAGAUGUUAAAUCGGGACUAUCCUGAAGACCAAUUGGGCAGGAAAAAAUUCACGAACUCGUGGCAGAGAUCAAUUGGUCAUGUGUGAAGUUACUUCGUCCUGCUCUUUGAUUGCAACCAUUGAAGUUUUGCAGUUCGGGCGUCAAGAAGUCUUCUAACAUCUGCACAUAACGAUCCGCCGAAUUCAUUGUAAUUGUGCUUAUGCAUCACCUUUCAUCUUCAAAAAAGCGAGUGUAUAAUUUCUCACGCUGAUAUGGCAGCCCAUAUAGUUAUUUUAGGCGAAUGUAAGGGUUUCUGAUAUUUGUGUUUUUGAUUUGUUGCAUUCAAGUAGCGGCAAUUUUACUUGCUGACGUGUCAAUUAAGAUAAAAAUUAACUUUAUCCCAAAACAAAAAGUUUGUAAACGUUGGAAAGCUAUCAAUCAUCUGGUUUACAAACUCAAGCUUCUGAACUGCAUCCUAAGGCUUCAAUUCUUGCAAAGACACUUUUAAUACUAUAUUAUUUAAUAUUGAUGAAUUCUUAAUUUGGAAAACAUUUGAGGAACUAAUAAUUAUUUGUAAUUCCUUAUAUUCCAUAAACUUUA